AUGCGUUCCGUUGUCGCUCUCUCCGUUGCUGCUCUUGUUGGCUCUGCUCUCGCUCAUCCCUCCUACGGUCAAUACCAGCACAAGGAGGUCAAGAAUGUCCACGUACUCGUUGAGACCGCUGUCCACACCGUCUACGAGCCCGUCAAGCCUACCAGCACGUCCAUUUACGUUGCACCCCCUGCGCCAACCAGCGAGGCUCCUACCGCUACUGCCGCCGCCCCAUCUGCGUCCGUUCCUCCUCCUUCCGGUGGUGAUACCUACAUCGGCAUCAUCUCCAAGUGGCGCGCGAAGUUGGGCCUGAAGGAGCUUGCGAGCUCCGCCGAGCUCGAGAUAAACGCGUUGAACUGUGUAACCACGAGCGCUGGUGUCAUGACGCACAAGCUUAACCCCGGCACCUACGGUCAAGUUCUCGCUCCUGGUAAGCACACCAUGGAGUCCUUCCUGUCCAUCUUCGUUGGCGGAUGGCUCUGCGAGAUCCCCACUCUCCCCGGCCUCGACGGUGUUUGCUCCACCAUGUCCGAAGGCUGGGCGUACGAGGGCCAGACCGGCCACGCCGAGAUCCUCACCUCUGACAAAUACUCCAAGAUUGGUUGCUGCUAA